AUGGCCGAUUCGGAGUCGGACGAAGAUAACGAUUGGAAGAAAGGAGAAAAAAGAAGACAAGACAGCAGUAAUGAAGAUUCUGAUGAAGAUUCAUAUUCAGAGGAUGAUGCAGAUACAUCAGAUGAAAGCUUUGACGAGAAUAUGGUUUGCCUUUAUUCUUGUUUUAAUCAUCAGCUUUCGUGUUGCACUUGCAACCUCUCAAAAAACAAAAAACACGUGAUUGUAUGAUAUGUACUGUUUCUUGGUCAUUUGAUAGGAGAUUCCUGUUGAAUUUGAAGCCUUUCCGCCAACAGAAGAAGAUUUCAGUGGGAUACGAUGUCUUUUGCAACAGGUGGGAUGAACUUUUUUUAUGACCAUUAACUGUACUGUAAAAUAUAGCUUGUGGUUAAUGAAAAAUGCAAGCUACGUACGUACAAAACAAGGCUAAGGGUAUGAGAAAUAUACUUAAUCUGAGACACGGGUGACUGGCUAAUAUUAGUCUUUCUCAGGGAUGGUUGACCAUAAUCACACCCCUGAACUAAGCACUUGUUUCCAUAUCUCACUUACACUUACAUGAACUUUCUAAGUUUCUUGACUCAGAGACUUAGUUUCUGCCCAACAAAUGUCGUCAAAGUGCAAGUCUCUUCAAUUUUAACGGAAAAAAAAAAAUGUUCGAGUCAAGAGCAGGAAUCGAUCCCGGAGUGCUAAAUCUGUAGUCUCAUGCCCUAAUUUAACUACUGUAGCGAAAGCCCUAACCCUAAAUAAAAGCUAACCGUUAACCCUAAUCACUAUUCUAAGUGCUUAACCCUAAUCAGUAUGGUCAGUGCUUAACCCUAAUCAGUAUUGUUAGUGCUUAACCCUAAUCACUAUGGUCAGGGCUCACUCACAUAUGUAUACAUUAUAUGCAAUUACUUUGUGUAGGCAUCACAAGGAAUCCAAGGGCGGUUUGAGAUAUGGAAACUAGCGUUCACCGGGUUGGUACCCUGAACCCUCACCUCUUUGCAAACAUUGUUCUAUGUUUAUUAUUCAUAAUCUAAUGAUAAUGGUUUGUUUACAUUUCUUUUUGCAGUUAUUUCAAAAGAGUGCUGUUAAUCUUUCAAAGCUUUGCGAUCUGAUCAUUUCCCAACCAGAAGUUUCUACAGUUAUAAAGGUAUGUCAAGAAUAAUUUUCAAUGAAACUGUAAUAUUAUUGGAAUGAUGUUCAAAUUAUCAUUUUUUGUGAUCUAUAAUAUUACUUUGAUUUGAAAGGUUGUCGAUGACGAAGAUCAAGAAAGCAAUGGUGAAAGUAAAGAUCAUGACGAGGAAACUCAUGAAUCAGAAGAAGAUGUGUAUGGUGUUACAACAGUAGUUAAUUUGAAAAAGCAUCAAGUGAGAGCAAAGAGCAUGAUGUGUUAUUGGCCCUAUGCAGGGCUGCAAAUAACGGCCGGUCAACGGACAAUGUCCGGCCUGAUCGCGGACUUGACCGGUCAAACUCCGGUCUUGCCGGUCAUUUUGACCGGUCAUUUUUGGAUACAAACACUUACACAGUUGUCGCUUAAUGCUCUAUAACGCUGUAAUGAUUUCUUUUUCUUUGGCGUUUUUUGCUGCUUUGUACUAAACCCUUCUAAGAAAAAGAACGCCGCAAUAAAUUAAUUUCAUGUCGUCAUGUCGUAAUCUAACGCAGCAAAGUGAAUAACAAACUGAGUUGGAAAGUAACGCAACGUUGCAAGUCAUACUGUACUUUCGGCUUUGCUGUAAUCAGCAAUGUGACCUUCUUUGGGAAUUCAAGGAAUUCAGGCAAAUCGAUCGCAAUUCUCAACAGGUCGUCCUGUGUUUCUCCGGGAAUAAAUGUUAGCGCAUCGAUUUCUUUUUAUAUCGAACAUGAAUCUCGUUUGCAGACUCGAUUCCAGAAUGGUCUGAUAAAAAUUUAAACUACUCAAGAGGGAAGGUCGUCGUCUAUCGCGGCGCUAGAUUCUCGUUCUUGUAAACAACUUUAUGCAAAUUUCUGUUGACAUUUGACCCCUUCGCGAUAAAAUGUUGCGCGAUGACCCAAAUUUAUUUAUGGACUUCUGAUCAUCAACACGCUGUUUGUGGAACAAACUUCUCGCCAAUGCAAAUCAACUUCUUUGCCGAAAAUAUCAGCGACGAUUCUUCUUUGAAGAAGUGACUUUCGAUCACAUGCCAGGCAAGGAAAAAGAUCAAGUUUCACCGAUGUUCAUUUCGGAACAUCAACGUAAAACAAGCGUGUGCAGAUUUUGUAAAAUAACCCAAUUUUUUUUUUUUUUUAAUUUUCUAAAGUUUGCUGAACUGUAUGUGUAUUCCGUUUCCUGAACCUUGGGAGUUUGAAAAGGAUUUACGCUUCACUUUUUACCUCUAGAGACUUCAGACACCGCCAUGCAAUGAUACUCAAGGUAGAACGUAACAUUAAAACGCCCGAAAACCGCGGAAAGGAACUCUACAACGUGCGAAUGCAUUUUUCACUAAUUUGCUGUCAAAAAUGUGAACGUCAAUGCAGUAAUAACGAUCUAUUGCCAGCAUAACUGGAUAUGGCAAAAAAGAAUUAUUAGUAUUCAUUAUUUGACCGUCCAGAAUCGGGGUUUGUCCGGGCUAAAAAAUAUUUGGCCGGUCUUCAUGACCGGCAACCUGUUGUCCGUUAUUUGCAGCCCUGCUAUGUAACUUUGUUUUAACUACAACCUACUUUGUUUUGUUUCCUCUCUUUGCUCUCACAUAGGAUAAUGAUGCUGUUAGGGAGCUAAAAAAGUUUCUGUUAGAUAACUGUAAAGAGUCAGGAUCAAAAGAAACAAGAGAAGAGUUCACGGAGGUGAUGGAAGGACAACAUGCCAUUGGAUUCCUCAUUAAUGAACGCUUCAUUAAUAUCCCACCACAGAUUGCCGCACCUGUCUACAAAACAUUAAGGUAAGAACUUUCUUUAUUUCAGGGGACGUGAGGAUACUAUGGGUACCAGAGUCUUUUUUGGCUUGUAUGCAGCUGGAUGCUUCGGUAUUGGACAUAGGCCAACAGAUCUUUGGUCUUUGGCCGAAGUCACAAGCAGCAAAGCCUUGAGAAAAAACCUCUGGUAAGAAGCGAUGCCAUAAAUACUUUACUAUCACCAUUGAACAUUUUUAUUGGAUUACAUUUUGAACCAAUCAAAUUGAAGGUCUCCUAUUGUGAUCAUAUGGACAGUGGCACAUAAAGUAAUGCUGGAAAUGUGACAAACAAUAUGGUAAUAAUUUUGGCAAAUUUUGCUCUAAAAUAUAAUUUGCAACUCUGUAAGCUUACUUUACUAGCAUAAACAACAAAGUCUUCUGCAUACCAUUUCAGAAUAAGGGCGUUAACUGGAUAAAAAAAAGUCAUUAGUAAUAGGACUUUAGAGAUACUUGCUGAUCUCACUUAAUUAAAUCGUACACACAGUCCAGCAAUAUCAGUAAAGCUGUAACGACAACAAUAAUAUUUCUAUUCCCAGUCUACAAGACUUCAAGAACAUUCUAGGUUGCACCCAUGAAAUAGAACAUAAUGUCAGUUGUUUGCCAUGAGCUAUUCUAAUCCUCUCUGUCGCCCAUUUUUUUAAAUUCUUGCGGGUACUUUCUGUCAUUACUGUUUCAAAACUUUUAGCAUCGCAAGAACAGAGUACAUUGUUAUCCUAACAUAAACAAAACAAUUUGAAAUAUUCUGUCAUGUCCUAUUCUUGUCAACCAAUAAAUUGGAACAUCUGUACGAUUGUCAUUAGGAUCUAAUCAGCUAUUGUGUCCAAAAUCUGGACCAAACUGAUUUAACUGUGCUUACAACUGGCUUAGUGCUAUCAAAGCGAUAGGGCUCUGGUCCCGGGGGCUAAGAUUAUUAAAAACUACACGUAACUGAACUAAAAAGACUGUUGAAUGAACUGAUGGUAUGACUCUUUCUCUAGUCUGUGUAAAGGACAUGGUCAGUCUGUAAAGAAUGCUUUUCUUAAUCACAAAUAAAAACAUGAUAAAGUGGUGUUUAAGGUCAAUCCAAAAUUCUCCUCCAAAGAUUGUAAAAAAGAAGUGUUUUGAGUCACCAGAUCCUUGCAUCAUGCUAAUUUGCUGGUUGGCCUACAUGUGUUACCUCAUUCUCUCCAACGUAGAAGUGGUAGGAAGCUGCUAGGAAAGAAUGUUUAACCCCUUAAGCCCCAAUAUCCACAUACGAAUUCUCCAAACUGAUCUCUAUACAUUUCCUUAAAGAAUGCGUUGAGAGAAUAUGAUAAAAGAUCAAAGCAUUUCUCUUAGGUGAUCAAUUUAUUAAUUCUCAUAACCUAGUCUCUUGACAGUCUAUGGAUAUUGUUAGGAGAAAAUUGAUGUUGGUCACCACUGGGACUUAAAGGGUUAACAAAAAAGUGGUUUGACCAUCUUUGGUUGUUGUAUUUCAUCUCUUUAAGGCUGGCUAAGCCAGUGCUGACUGCGUUGCUGAAUGUUCAGACUUUCAUAACACUAGCUUCCAUCCAACUUCACAUUUAAGUGUUUGGAGUUCGGGUAUCUGAUGAUUAUUCUUUGUUUUCUUAGAUCUGAACUGAAGAAGGUCCAUAAAAAGGUAUGUGUUUUUAGCCUUGGAUACAACUACAUGUAUAUGUUGCAGUUAAUUUUUUAUUUUAGUUAAUUUUUGUUUUUCCUUUGUUUCAAAUCCAUUAGCAUACAUUACCAUACCCUAAAGCAAUGGAAAAAUAAAAAUUAACUGGGAUAAAAAAUUAACUACAUCAUAUAAUAUAUGCUUUAUUAUGCAUCUGUUUACAACAUUUUGUUUUGCAAUACAUGAUGCAGCCAAACCUAAUUCUUCAGACCCUCUAAACAAUGAACUACAAAAGCCUUUCUUUCAUAGGCAGUUCCUUUCUCUUUGAUACAGACCACUUUAAAAUAAAAAGGACAGAUAUAUGCGUUUUUGACCAAGCGUGAGGUCAAGAUGGCUGUAUAUUGGCCAAGUUCUUGACCUAAUAGGCUUGGUCAAUAGAGGAUUAUUUUAUUAUCUGGCCAAAAAGGGACCAAUGCAGGAAAUCUUGAGUGGGCAAUAAUCAUUAAUGUGCAAUAGUCAGCCAUGUAAUUAACACUCUGUCCUUUAUGUGCUACCUCCAGUGUGUCACUAUAUUAGAAUGAUAUCCUUUCUUACUUACCUCAAAAUAAAAUAAUUAUUAAUGUUCUAGGGUCAGGAUACACCGCUCUCUUAUUUCAUAAUACUGUGCAAGACAUACAAAGAGAUCGAGACAAAAACAAAUAAAAAAGGAAAAAAGGCUAAGAAGCCCAAAGUUCAGGAGACAACAAAGUCCCUGGAUUUUAUCAAUGUUGAAGAUGAAGUGUUUCUUAAGGUAAGAAUCAAAUAUUAUUAUUUGACUGGUUUGUGAGCCAGGAACUGUGCAACUGUUCAGCAGGUUUUAGUCUUAAAAUUUGCCUUUGGGCCUGAAACAUUACCGAGCCUUUCGAGAAAUGGGCCCCAGAGCCUUAAAGGAACCACAGAUUGUAGUUUAUUAUUUUAGGUACUGUACAUUAGUUGAGAUAUUUCUGAACUUUGCUUCCUAAUAAAGGAACUUGUGAUAAAAUACAAUUUUCCACAAUACAGUCAUCUCCCGAUAGCUUGAACAUUUACAAGGGAAAUCGAAAGAAGCUCAAGUUAUCGGAAGCUCAAAGCAUAGCCAGAAGUCAGGGAAAAACUAGAUUCUAUCAUACAAUGAACAUUUUUAUCCCAUUUAGUUGUAGAAAUGUGAAGUGAAAAUUGAAAGAUACUUGUAGAUUAUAAAGUAUAAGUAUGUAAGGUAACAAAACAUAGCCCAAAUGGAGCACGUGUUUUACUGUUUUGAGAAGUAAAGCUGUUUCACGUUAGAUUUGUGACAAACAACAUCAGCCUCCACUAGUAAACUAUGUACCUGCAACAUCGUGUCAAUGAUAUGGGAAAUUCACUGAAAGCUAAUACACUGUUUUUUUUUCCUGACUUUGUAAGCAAUAAAAACAUGGUUCGAGUUAUAAAGGGUAAAAUAUUUAUAAAGAAAUGAUCUGAGGGGAAACAAAAAUUACUUUGAUUUAGUGGGAGUGUUGAGUUACCAUACAGUAACAUGUAUGGCGGAAUAGGCCAUUUCCGAGUUCCCAAGGGCCUCUGUAUCAAAACAAGGUCAAGUGCUCAGCCAUUGAUGUUGAAAUUAUUUUUUAUUCUCAUGCAAAUAAAACUCAUUUUCGCAGGAAAGGUUGUGCACUUGGCCUCAUUUUUGAAAGUGAGGGUUUUCGGAACUUGGAAGUCUCCUAUUGAUUUUGUUUGGAUUUAGCAUGAGGUUUGAGUUAGCGAGGGCUCAAGUUAUCGGUAGUCGACCGUAGGUCAUUCUGCUGGCUUCAACCUACAUAUUGGAUGGCACUUCUGUUAUGCCCAAACCAAAUUAUCUGCCCCCCAAAAUUUAUACACUGUAGUUACAAGAACCUUAUGUGCGAUGUCAUAUUAUGUUGCACAUAUUUCAGAAUGCCUAUCACAGAAACUAGGGGUUACAUAAUAUGUUAAUUAAGCUUGAUAGUAUUGCCUGAUCUAAAAUCAAAUUCUCUCCAGUUCAAGAGAAAAUCAGCCUUUGAAUGUAGACUUAUAGCCGAUCGUCACUUCUCUCCACCCUAAAAUAACUUUUCAGGUGGAAAGAAGCGAUGACCAGAAAUAUGUCUGCAUUCGCAAGCUAAAGCAAUAGACUUGCCACAAGUAGACUGCAGGAGUGCUGAAGGCGAGAGGAAUGGUUGACUGACCACCUAACCAGCACAAACUUGAAAUGGGCUUUGAGAAAGUCUAGGUGAAGCAAAUACAAACCAUAUUGGACGUGGGAGGCCAGUUGGCCAGUAAUAAAUAAAUUAGUGUUGGAAGUUCUGAAUCAGAGCCCUGUUCACUGCAUUUACUGUUCUACACACUAAUUUGUUCUUCUUUUACAUCAAGAGCUCACUAAAAACACCUUGUAUCCAGAGUUAAGAUAGUAAGCGAGGUGGCAAAUAGACUGUUCAUAGUCGCCUUCUUAGAUGAGGGUCAAAUCUACUUUUGAUGAAAGAAGUGUUCAAAAUCUCAUUCUUGACUUUUCCAUCUUGUUUACAGGCAAGUCAGCUAUCUUUUAGUUUUGAAGCCAGCACAAGCUCUGACGAAACUCUUGUAGGAGGCAAAUGGACAUCAGAUGAUUCAGAAUUAAAACCUUACAGAACAGUUUUAGUUCUUUCUACUGACAAGUUUGAUGAAGCACUAGAAGGGAUACAUACAAUGCUUACUCAAUAAAAAACACCACUAUAAUGUAGUGUGGUUUAGAAACUGUACUUCUAAACUGUGACCUUUGUGCUUAUGCAAUAAACUUGUGCAGCCAAACAGAGUACCAGAAAAAAAUUACAGGCUUGAUUGUGUUCAAACUGACCAAUGACCCAAUAUUGCAAACACCAGGGUUUGAAAUUAUCCUGGUCAAAGAUUUUGAUGCUCAUUUUGAAACAAGAACUAUAAGGAACUCUGUAGUUUGAUCUUUCAGGUGCUUUAUUUAUUCACAGGUGCACUUAUUCAUAAACAUGAGGGAUUUUUAACUCAAUUUUUUAACUGGCACAGAUUUUAGUUUUUUUCUUUUGGAAAAUCCAAGAUUGCAAGGUAGAUUCUUAAUUUCACCUCAAGAACUCAAUCAUUACAAUAAGAGAAGUCAAAUUUCUCAGACUGGAUUCUCCAAGAACUGGCAGAAACAUGACAGGCUCAAAUGUUCAUUGGUAAAAAAAUCAUGGAUCAUAACCUUGUGAUAAUAUUUAUAUUUUCUUGGAUAAUACAUUGUAUCUUUUACUGAGCUACAAAGGACUACUUUUGGAGUAGCAAGUACAACAGGUAAAUUUUGUAAGGC